GCUGCUUCCUUCUGCUCUCCUAUACCCACACUCUUUCGGUCUCACUCGCUGUUCUAUCGGCUUCUUGACUGGCGAGGGAUCGUGAGCGGCGGAUAAGGGGAAACAAAUUCAUUUCCAACGGAAGGACUGCUUCCUUCUUCUCUCCCAUACCCACGCCCUUUCGGUUUCGUUCGCUGUGCUAUCGGCUUCUCGACUGGCGCGGGAUCGUGAGCGGUGGAGAAGGCGAAGCAAUCGUCUAUGGAGUUACGGCAGGAGGAUGAGUACGUUCCCCCCGUCGACAAGUCCCAGCUUAUCUCCACACUUUUCAAGGUGAAAGGGCUGGUGAAACAGCACAUAGAUACUUAUAAUUACUUUAUCAACCAUGGUAUCAAGAAGAUACUCCAGGCCAAUAAUUUCAUAGCUUGCAGUCAUAAUCCUAACAUCUAUCUUAGGUACACCAAUAUUAGAGUCGGGAAGCCAAUUGUUAAGUUGGACCAUUCUAAGUUUUGGCUUACUCCGCAGAUGUGCCGACUCUCAGAUCAAACAUAUGCUGCACCCAUAAUGGUUGAUGUUGAAUACACGAUAGCAAAUCGAGCAACUAAGAAUCUUGAAGUUAAGAGGCAAGCCGGUUUGCCUAUUGGAAUGAUGCCAAUUAUGCUACGGAGUAGCCAUUGUUUACUAAGCGGGAAGGAAGAUGCUCAAUUAUCAAAGCUUGGGGAGUGUCCUCUUGAUCCUGGUGGAUACUUCAUUGUUAAAGGAACUGAGAAGGUGAUUUUGAUGCAAGAGCAACUCUCUAAAAAUCGUAUCAUCAUUGACACUGAUAGUAAGGGACGGGUCACAGCAUCUGUUACCAGUAGCACACAUGAAACAAAAAGCAAAACAGUAUUCUUUAUGGAUGAGGAGGAGAUUUAUCUACACCUCAAUCAAUUCAAUGAGCCGAUUCCUAUUGUGGUGAUCUUAAUGGCUAUGGGAAUGGAAAAUGUGCUAGACAUUGUGCAAAUGGUAGGAAGUGUUCAUGAAGAUCUUCUCGCUGCUUCAAUUUUGGACUGUAUGAAUAAGAACAUUUAUACUCAACAGCAGGCAUUAAAUUUCCUAGAUGGAAAGAUUGGAAUAACUAAUCCUACAAAUCAUGGGAACAAAAAGACUGGUCUAGCAAAGGCUAUUCUUCGCAAUGUGUUUCUUGCACAUGUUCCGCUCAAUGAGGAUAAUUUCCAUCCGAGACGGAUCUAUACAGCAGUGAUGAUUAGACGUAUGUUAGAUGCAUUCUCGACACAUACAUUUGAUGAUAAGGAUUAUUUGGGCAACAAACAGCUUUUACUAUCAGGGCAGCUGAUUUCCAUGCUCUUCGAGAAUCUGUUUAAAUCAAUGAACACUCAUAUUUUAGAGCUUGCGAACAAGGAAUAUAAAGAGCAUUACCGCUCCAGUGAUGUGAACUUUGAUCGUUAUCUUAGGCUAAAUAAGGUCAUCACAUUAGGCUUGGAAAGAUCCAUUUCAACAGGUAAUUGGGAUUUAAAACAGUUUAAAAUGCACCUGAAAGGUGUAUCUCAGGUUGUUUCAAGAUUAUCAUAUAUAGCAAUGUUAAGCCACAUGACCCGAAUAUCUUCACAGUUAGAGAAAACAGGGAAAGUAAUUGGGCCAAGGGAAUUGCACACAAGUCAGUGGGGCAUGCUUUGCCCAUGCGACACUCCUGUAGGAGAAGGUUGUGGGUUGACAAAAAACUUAGCUUUGUUGACACAUGUUACAACUGACGAGGAGGAUGGUCCACUGAUUUCUUUGUGUUAUACUCUAGGUGUUGAAGCUUUAUCACUUUUAGCUGAUGAGGAUCUUCACUCACCACAAUCAUAUUUGGUUAUGCUUAAUGGGCUUAUACUCGGAAAGCAUAAACAACCAAAGCUAUUUGCUGGUAACAUGAGAGAGUCCCGCAGAUGUGGUGAAAUUGGAGGGUUUGUUAGCAUUUUUGUGAAUGAAGAGCAGCGUUGUGUUUAUAUUGCCUCGGAUUGUGGCCGAGUUUGUCGUCCACUAGUUAUUGCUGAUGGAGGCAUAUCAAGGAUCAAGGAUUAUCACAUGAAACAAUUACAGCAUGGAAUUCGUACUUUUGAUGAUUUUCUACGUGAUGGAUUGAUCGAAUAUCUCGAUGUUAAUGAAGAGAACAAUGCAUUGAUCGCAUUGCAUGAAUGUGAAAAUGGCACCGAUGAUCCUGAAAAGAAAAAGGGUGAUAUAACCCACAUAGAGAUUGACCCAUUGACAAUUUUAGGUGUUUGUGCUGGUUUAAUUCCUUAUCCUCACCACAACCAAUCUCUAUAUAAUAUAUACCAGUGUGCAAUAGGGAAACAAGCUAUUGGUAAUAUUGCUUACAAUCAGCUAUGUCGAGCGGAUACUUCGCUUUAUUUGUUGGUGUCUCCCCAACGCCCAUUGUUGACAACAACAACAAUUGAACUGGUCGGAUAUGAUAAGCUAGGACUAGGAGCUGGGCAGAAUGCAAUUGUUGCUGUUAUGAGUUACAGUGGCUAUGAUACGGGGGGUGCUAUUGUCAUGAACAAGUCAUCUCUUGAUCGUGGUUUUGGCCGUUGUAUAGUAAUGAAAAAGUAUUUGGUAGUAAACAAGAGCUAUGAUAAUUCGACCAAAGACAAAAUAUUUAAGCCAAGGAAGGAUGAACCAAGAAUGCAGAUAUUAGAUGACGAUGGAAUUGCUGCUCCUGGGGAGAUAAUUCGGAACAAUGACAUUUAUGUCAACAAAAAAACUCCAAUAAAUACAAGGGAGAGAAUUGGUGGUUAUAGGAUUUUAAAAGAAGAAGAGUAUAAAGAAACACCUGCCGAGUUCAAAGGCUCUGAAGAUGAAACUACUGUGGUUGAUCGAGUGAUAAUUUACUCAGAUACAAAUGGCAAAUUAUGUAUCAAAUGUAUGAUUCGUCACACACGGAGGCCAGAGAUAGGGGAUAGAUUUAGUAGCAGACAUGGACAAAAAGGUGUUUGUGGUACCAUAGUUCAGCAGGAAGAUUUGCCAUUUUCGGAGCUUGGGAUAUGCCCUGAUUUAAUUAUAAAUCCACAUGGAUUUGCUAGUGGGAUGACAAUAGGCAAAAUGCUUGAGCUUAUUGGUGGCAAAGCUGGAGUUUCUUGUGGUCGAUUUCAUUAUGGUGAUGCAUUUGAAGAACCUAGUGUCCAUGCUGAUAAGGUUGAAGACAUAAGGAACACACUUGUGAAGCACGGAUUUAGCUAUAGCGGCAAAGAUUUCCUCUACUCAGGUAUUACAGGCUGUCCAUUACAAGCAUACAUUUUCAUGGGACCAAUCUACUAUCAGAAGUUGAAACAUAUGGUAAUUGAUAAAAUGCAUGUUUGUGCUAAAGGGCGUCCUACGUUACUGACCAGACAACCUAAUGAAGGAAGAAGUCUUGUUUUAUCAUAAUCAUGUUUGAAACUGACAACAAAUGUUGGUGUCUUUAAUCUUC